AUGCCGUUGAUAAUCGACGGACGCGGACACCUCUUGGGCCGAUUGGCGUCAACUGUGGCCAAGACGCUACUCCAGGGUCAGAAAGUGGUUGUCGUCCGAUGCGAGGGAAUCAAUAUCUCCGGCAGUUUUUACCGCAACAAAUUGAAGUAUUUGUCGUUUUUGCGUAAGAAGUGUAAUGUGAACCCCUCGAGGGGGCCCUACCAUUACCGGGCGCCGAGUAAGAUAUUCUGGCGCACCGUACGCGGCAUGUUGCCCCACAAGACCAAACGCGGUGACAAAGCGCUGGACAACCUCCGAGUGGUGGAGGGCAUACCCCCGCCCUAUGACCGCAAGAAGCGACUGGUGGUGCCCUCAGCGCUGCGUAUCGUACGACUCAAUCCGCGCCGAAAGUACUGUUCGGUGGGCCGCCUGUCCCAUGAGGUGGGCUGGAAGUACCAGUCGGUGAUCGAGACGCUGGAGCUCAAGAGGAAGGCGAAGGCCGCCAUCCGGUUCUCGCGCGUCAAGAAGGACGCGAAGCUGAGGGCGGAGGCGAAGAAGUCGCUCGAGAAGAAGCUGAAGCCACUGACGGAUCAGANGGGCCGCCUGUCCCAUGAGGUGGGCUGGAAGUACCAGUCGGUGAUCGAGACGCUGGAGCUCAAGAGGAAGGCGAAGGCCGCCAUCCGGUUCUCGCGCGUCAAGAAGGACGCGAAGCUGAGGGCGGAGGCGAAGAAGUCGCUCGAGAAGAAGCUGAAGCCACUGACGGAUCAGAUCAAGGCUUUCGGUUACGACGUCUAA